CAAAAACACUCGUCAAAAAGCUUCCACAGAACGCAUUCCCUCCUUCCAUCUGCUCAUUCUUCCUUCUCACCAUAUCGCCCUUUCGCUCUCCGCUCUCCGGCGAGCCUCCCUCGGUUCAGAUCUCUCCUCCUCCGGCGCUCUCCGGUCAGAUCUCUUCUUCGCUCUUGAGAACAUGGCGGGGAAAGGUGGAAAGGGGCUCGUAGCUGCAAAGACCACGGCGGCCGCGAGCAAGGACAAGGACAAGGACAAGAAGCGUCCCAUCUCUCGCUCAUCUCGUGCUGGUAUUCAGUUUCCUGUGGGUCGGAUUCACCGGCACCUCAAGACAAGGAUCUCCGCAAACGGCCGUGUUGGGGCGACAGCGGCCGUGUACUUGGCAUCCAUUCUGGAGUACCUGACAGCCGAGGUGCUCGAGCUUGCAGGCAAUGCAAGCAAAGACCUGAAGGUGAAGAGGAUAACCCCGCGGCAUCUACAGCUGGCCAUCCGGGGGGAUGAAGAGCUCGACACUCUCAUCAAGGGAACCAUUGCGGGAGGCGGCGUCAUCCCUCACAUCCACAAGUCCCUGAUCAACAAAACCACCAAGGAUUGAAUUGGAACUAAAAUCCCCAUCAACAUCAACAUCAACAUCAUCUUCUCUUAACUGGGUUUUAUCUGCUUGUUGUUCUGAUAUGUGGAUUAUGUGUAGCUUUAGUUUUAGACGAGGUCCUUGGUGCUUUUAAUAGCUAGGUUUAUGUCAGAAUGAUGUUUAAUUUGUGAUACUGGUAAUCGUUCGAUGUUUGUUAUUCUCAACAAACCGACCCCAUCCGUGUUCAGUGUCUUCAUUAGUUGUAUCAACUCAAGAUGGUCUCUAACUUUGCCUUCUGUUUAGGUAACGCCUGUUCAUCUGUCUCCGCACAUUAAAUAGCACAGCAAUGAACUUCGCCCUUUUA